AGAGUGCAAUGAGACUGCAGUGUAUGUGGCAGUGAAGAAAAAUCUGUUUGGUAAUGGUAAACCCGUCAAUAUUGCUGCUCUCACCCUGGGAGGCUCUGCUACUAAAGGAGAAAAUGUUACUUCUCAAGUCCAUAUCUAUGAAUCUGAACUGGAUGGCUGUAACAGCAAGUUGGCUGUAAGUCUUUAUUUCUAGAAAUCCUUGGUUCUGUUUAAAUCUUGUGAUUGCUUGCUUUACUUCUUUCUCAGGUGAAUGAGGAUGAACUGGUCUAUGUCUUUACCCUUGGUUUUGCUUCAGAGCCUUUAAGUGGUAUUCCCAUUUCAAUUGAGUGUCACUGUCCAAGGUAUUGUUCCAUAUGUUAAAUCUGUUUGGGUUUACUUGGACAACUCUACUAAACCUGGUCUCUUUCAAAUGCUUUCCAGAUUCUGUGAUGCUCCCAGCAGUACUCUAAUGCCUGCUUGGAUAUCCCAUGAUUCUACCCAAGCUACUGAGGAACCUUUUGUUUUCUCUUUGCAGCUCAUGAUGGGUUUAUAUCAUGGUUAAACUGUAGCUUGGUUGCUUGUUUGACUAUGAGUUACUAAUGAAGUUUCUUCUUGUAGAUGACUGGAUAUCUGAAAGGCCAUCCAACCAGUACUACCUGGGUGAGCUUAUAAAUAUUGAGGCAUCGGUACUGCCGUUCAAAAAUGUGCCUCUGCGUGUCCUUGUAGACAGCUGUGUGGCCACUGCUGUCCCUGACAUAAAUGCAGUCCCCAGAUAUUCCUUCAUUGAGAAUUAUGGGUGCCUGGUUGAUUCCGAGAUCAUAUCGCCCAGUUCCCACUUCAUGCCCCAAACUGGCGCAGCUAAGCAGGGGUUUCAAAUGAGGGCAUUCAGGUUUCAGCAAGGGAAUGGUAGCUUGGUCUACAUUACAUGCAUCUUGACGGCAACAGCAGCGUCUGACCCUUCUGAUGCUGAGCACAAGGCUUGCUCAUUUUCUAGCAAUAGGUAUGUUCCGAUGACCCUAAAAUGGUACAGUGCUGAUGAGCUGUGA